UUUUUUUAACCUUUUUGUUUUAGCUCAGCCCACUUUCUUGGGAGUCCAAGCUGGGCGCCCCCCUCCUCUGCCGCCCUCACCCCUGUGUGUGGACAGCCGGAGCUGGAGGCUCGGGUUAAUCUGGGAGCAAAGAGAAAGCCAUUCAGGAGCUGCGCGCCGUCAGGUGAAGGAAGGCUCCGCUGCUGGGGGUGAAGGAGAAGAGUCCGGAGGAUUUGAACUCUUUUCCAUUAAACGCUGGCUUGUGAGGACGAGCGCGGACGAUGACGGUGUUCUCUGCUCUUUGGGUGCUCUUCCUGUGCCAGCUGCUGUCGUCCUCCUCAGCCCAGAGGCCUGGCCCCCAAGGACCGCCAGGACAAGCAGGAAGGGACGGCACUGAUGGGAAACCAGGACCUCCUGGGUUGCCAGGGAAAGCUGGCCCAAAAGGGAAAGCAGGAAUACCAGGAGGACCAGGAAAACCAGGUCUGCCAGGACUUCCAGGAAUUGAUGGUUUGACCGGUCCUGAUGGUCCUGCCGGCAGAGACGGACCCCCAGGGGAAGCGGGUGAAGCUGGACCUUCGGGGCCACCUGGACCUUCUGGCAGGGGGAGACCAGGAGCCCCAGGAUUACCUGGGACCAAUGGGUUGCCGGGCGGAGUCGGACCCCAGGGAGCAGCAGGUCCAGAGGGUCUUCCAGGACUUCCAGGACCUCCUGGCCCUGAUGGACCCCCGGGGCUUCCUGGCUCUCUUCAAGAUCUUAAUGGUGACCUUCUGUGUCCUGCUAUCUGUCCUCCUGGUCCCCCUGGCCCGCCCGGGAUGCCAGGAUUUAAGGGACACACUGGACACAAAGGAGACAAAGGAGAGCCCGGAAAAAACGGAGAGAAGGGGGAUUCAGGUCCACCGGGACAGCCGGGUGUUCCAGGAACUGUUGGUCUGCAGGGCCCUCGUGGUCUGAGGGGUCUGCAAGGCUCAAUGGGAUCUGCAGGGGACAGAGGCUUCCCGGGUUUCAGAGGCAAACCUGGCAUAGCUGGAAUCAUCGGAAAGACAGGCGACGUUGGGGAAAAAGGGCCGCAGGGGUUCAAGGGACCUAAAGGAGAGAUUGGUAAAAUUGGUCCCAAAGGAGCAGUGGGAGGAGCAGGACCCAAAGGGGAGCCUGGUAUACCUGGACGAGAUGGGAAAGAUGGAACGCCGGGGCUGGAUGGCGAGAAGGGAGAUCCUGGACGCCAUGGAGUAGUUGGAGAGAAAGGACCAAAUGGACUUCCUGGUUUGCCUGGAAAAGCUGGAGCUAAGGGGUCAAAAGGACAAAUCGGUGAUCCAGGGAAGAAUGGGGAGCAAGGACCCUCUGGAGAGCCAGGUAUUCCUGGUGAAAUUGGCAUUCCAGGAAACAGGGGGAUAGCAGGUCCCAGAGGAGUGGCUGGAGGAAUCGGACCAGUGGGCAAUUCUGGGCCUCUGGGAGUAAGAGGCUUCCAGGUCAGCAACAUAAAAUCACAAAUUAUUAUGUUAUUUUUUCAAGUUAUUAAUAUGUUAGGGUGAAGUUACUGUUUCUGUGUGUGUGUGUGUGCGUGUG